AUGAGCAUUAUUGGAACUACUUUACUUGUUGUUGUUAUUGUUUCUCUUAUUAUUCUUUAUUACCUUAGACCUAAUGGAUAUGAUCAAAAAUUAAAUGGGUGUUUUGUUGGUGAAGCUAAUUCAGGAGAGAGUAGAGUUAUGAGAGGAUAUGGUGGUAUUGAUAAAUUAGUAGAUUAUAAUGUUCCUGGAUUUGAAACUAUUGCAGAUGUUGUUAAUGGAAUGACUAGAAGACAUCAAAAUAAACUUAUUGGGUAUAGAACACUCAUUAAAGAAGUGCCAUAUAAAACUAUUAAAACAGUUACAAACAACAAAGAAGUAGAGAAAGUUUUAUAUAAAUAUCAAAUGAGUGAUUAUCAGUACCUUUCAGAUGUUGAAUUUCAAACACUUAUUAAUAAAUUAUCAAGUGGAAUUGCAGAUGUAGGAUUUAAAGCAGGAGAUAAGAUUGCAAUCUUUUGUGAAACAAGAUAUGAAUGGAUGGCUAUGUUAUUGGCUUGUUGUAGACAAGGUAUUAUUAUUGUAACUGUCUAUGCAACAUUAGGUGAUGAAUCAGUUAGUGUUGCUUUGAAAGAAACAGAAGUAAAAGCUAUUGUAGUUUCUAAAGAAACAAUACAAAGAAUUAAUAAAAUUCAAGUACCAAAUGAUGUAAAAUUGAUUUGUGUUGAUGAGCUUGAAGAAUACCCAAAAGAAUUCAAAGUUUUUAAAUUCAAUGAAUUAAAAGAAUCAACAAUUCAUUCAUCAUUUACUCCAGUUAAACCAGAUGAUCUUGCAUUAAUUAUGUAUACAUCAGGAACAUCUAAAGAUCCAAAAGGAGUUUUAGUAGAACAAAAACAAAUAUUGAUGUUAUCAGUAGGGUAUCAAAAGAAUAUUUUCUUUGAUCAAGACGUUCUUAUUGCUUAUUUACCAUUAGCACAUAUUUUUGAACUAUGCAUUGAAUUUGCUGUUAUUAUGCAUGGAGGGACUGUUGGAUAUGCAAAUGUUAGAACAUUAACAUCUCCAGGAGUUAUUAAUUGUAAGUCUGAUUUAUGUGCACUAGAACCAACUAUUUUAAUUGGUGUACCAACAGUUUUUAAUAGAGUCCGUAAAGCAAUUCUUGAAACAGUUAAUAAAUCAUCGAUUUCAAAACAAAAGAUAUUUAAUGCUUGUUACUGGAUCAAAGAAAAAUUAUAUGUUAAUUUUGAUUUAAGAAGUCCUUAUUUAUUUAUGCCAAUAGUUAAAUUAGUUAAUGCAAUUGCUUUUAGACCAUUAGCAGUUUCAUUAUUUGGAAGAUAUUUAAAAGCUAUUAUUAUUGGUGGUUCUGCUCUUCCCAGUGAAUUACAACAUUUUCUUCAAUGUGUUGUUCCAGGUGUAGAUAUAAUGCAAGGAUUUGGAAUGACUGAGUUAUGUGGAGCAUGUAGUGUUAUGCCACAUGGAGAUGCUACAUUAUCAAGUAUUGGAUGUUUAUUCCCAAUGUAUGAAGCAAAAUUAAGGGAUGUACCAGAAUUAGGAUAUUUAACUUCUAAUAAUCCACCACAAGGAGAAUUAUUAUUUAGAGGACUUCCUGUAUCUAAAGGAUAUUUUAAUAGACCAGAAGAAAGUAAAGAAGCAUUUACUGAAGAUGGAUGGUUAUGUACAGGAGAUAUAGCGAAAUUUGAUGAACGAUGUCAUAUUUUUAUUAUUGACAGAAAGAAAAAUAUUGUAAAACAACCAUGUGGAGAAUAUAUUUCAUUAGAACUUGUUGAGUCGAAAUACAGUUCAUUAAGAAUAGUUGAUUCUAUUUGUGUAUUUGCAGAUGCAUUUCAUGAUUUUGUUGUUGCUUUAAUUCUUCCAAAUAAAAAUGUUAUUCAAGAAAUUAGUGACAAACCAUUUGAAGAAGCAUGUGAAGAUAAAAUGGUUAUUCAAGAAGUAAAAAAAUUAUUAAAAGAAGCUGAAAGUACACUUACAGAACGACAACGUAUAAAAUAUUUUGCAUUAAUACCAGAUGAUUGGACACCAGAAAAUGGAAUGUUGACAGCAGCGUUAAAAUUAAAGCGACAAGCAAUUUCUACAAAAUAUCAACGAAUAAUUAAAAAACUGUUUGACGAAAAAUAA